AUUUUUAAACAUCCAGAAAAAACAAAAACAAACAUUGGAUGUUCUAUGCUGUUACAGUACAUUGUUUAUUUUACUAGUAUAAUUACUCGGACAUGUCUAUGACCUUCCAUCGUUGGUUGAAGUAUGUAUCUACCGAGCAGGACGCGCUCUUUGUGGAUGUAUCUCUUGGUUUUGCUGCUAAACCGCUGCUGGAAAGCGGUGUCUGGGCAGCUCUCAUAUUCCGUUUCUGAGGAGGUUAACCUCGGGACUGCUGUCGGAAAUAUUUCUAAAGAUCUUAAUCUCAAUGUCCAGGAAUUGGAGGCGCGCAUGUUUCAGAUCGUUACUGGAUCAAAGAGGAAAUAUUUCCAGGUAAACCAAAAGACUGGUGUCCUAUAUGUAAACGAGAGAAUAGAUCGAGAGGAACUCUGCGGCGAUGACGCAAAAUGUACACUUAGCGUAGAAGCCGUGAUUAAUAAUCCACUGAAGCUGUACCGUAUUGAAAUUAUAAUCCUAGAUGUAAAUGACAAUUCACCGUCAUUUCCGAGUACAUCACAGAUAAUAGACAUCACUGAGAGCACAGCCGUUGGGACAAAAUUUCCGUUACAGCAUGCAGAUGAUGCAGAUGUUGGUAAAAAUACUGUAAAUACCUACAGGCUCAGCCAAAACGAAUAUUUCACUCUCGCCACAACCAAAGGGGAAAUCGUAGUUCCAGAAUUACAGCUUCAGAAAGUUUUAGACAGAGAAAAACAGUCUAUAAUUCAACUCACACUGACUGCUAUUGAUGGAGGAACACCUGCUAAGUCUGGAACAAUGAUCAUAACAGUCAAUGUGUUGGACGUAAAUGAUAAUCCACCUGUAUUCAGUCACACUCUGUACAAAGCCAGUGUCUAUGAAAAUAUUAAGAUAGGGACAUCGAUAAUUACACUGAAUGCCACAGAUCUGGAUGUGGGCCAAAAUGGAGAAAUAUCAUAUUCAUUCAGUAAAGUGGGUCGAGGGAAACAAACAGACAUAUUUGCGAUAGAUGAAAAGACCGGGACUGUCACAAAUAAAAAGAACAUAGACUUUGAGGAAAAUACUGCUUUUGAGAUACGUGUACAAGCAAGUGAUGGUGCAUCUUCUCCUUUAACUUCACACGCCAAAUUACUGGUUGAGGUUUUAGAUGUCAAUGAUAACGCACCGGAAAUUUCACUCACAUCACUGCUGAAUACUGUUAAAGAAGAUGCAUCCAUUGGCACCGCCAUUGCACUUGUUUCAGUGUUUGAUAAAGACGGAGGUAAGAAUGGUAUGGUUCACAGUAAAAUUGCUAAUAAUGUCCCUUUUAAAUUAGAGACAAAUUAUAAAAAUUAUUAUUCAUUAGUUGUAGACGGUCUUCUUGACAGAGAGUUUACACCACAAUACAACAUCAGUAUCACUGCUACUGAUGAAGGGAGUCCAGCUCUGUCCAGCACAAGUGUUAUUACUGUGCACAUCUCAGAUGUAAAUGAUAACAAACCUCUAUUCACAGACGGCAUCAUAAAUGUUUAUGUUAAAGAGAACAGUCCAGUAGGAGCAGUAAUGAAAACAGUAUCAGCAGUUGAUGCAGACAUCGAUCAAAACGGUCAUGUGAGCUACUCUUUUUUGCAUAACCCCAGUGACUCAGUCCAUCUGUCAGCGAUGUUAAACAUUAACUCAGAAACAGGAGAUAUAGUCAGUUUACAGUCUUUUAACUAUGAGGAGUUAAAAACGUUUCAGUUCAAGGUUCAGGCCACAGACUCUGGUGUUCCUCCGCUCAGUAGUAACGUGACUGUCAACGUUUUUAUCCUGGAUGAGAAUGACAACAGUCCCACAAUCCUGGCACCUUAUUCUGAACACGGUUCCGUUAACAGUGAGAACAUUCCAUAUUCUGCUGAAGCGGGAUACUUUGUGGCAAAGAUCAGGGCCGUAGACGCAGACUCUGGAUACAAUGCACUGCUUUCUUAUCACCUCUCUGAACCCAAAGGAAACAGCCUGUUCCGGAUCGGAACCAGCACUGGAGAAAUCAGGACUAAGAGGAGGAUGAGUGACAAUGAUCUGAAAACUCACCCCUUGGUGGUGUUGGUUUCUGAUAACGGAGAACCCUCCCUGUCAGCUACUGUGUCUAUUGAUGUAGUGGUGGUUGAAAACACAGCUGACAUCCAGACUCAGUUCAGACAUGUACCCAUAAAGGAGGAGAGCUUCUCUGAUUUAAACCUGUAUCUGCUGAUCGCCAUUGUGUCAGUGUCCGUGAUCUUUCUGCUGAGCCUCAUCACUUUGAUAGCGGUCAAAUGUCACAGGACAGACGGCAGUUUCAGCAGGUACAGCGCCCCCAUGAUCACCACCCACCCUGACGGGAGCUGGUCUUACUCUAAAUCUACUCAGCAGUAUGACGUGUGUUUCAGCUCAGACACACUGAAGAGUGACGUAGUGGUUUUCCCCGCCCCGUUUCCACCUGUAGAUGCUGAACUGAUCAGUAUCAACGGAGGAGACACUUUUACUCGGACCCAAACUUUACCAAAUAAAGAAAAGGUAAGAAAUUCAGGAUCACUCCAUUUGCCUUCACGAUUCGUCGCAAUGCGUGGAAUAAUGUUUUUACAGAGUAGAACGAGCUCUGUGUGGAUCUACCUCUUGGUCGUGCUCCUUGAUUUUCACUUGGAAUUCGUGUGUGGACAGCCUUCAUACUCUGUGUCCGAGGAGGUAAAUGUGGGAACUUUUGUCGGAAAUAUUGCUAAAGAUCUCGACCUCAGUGUCCAAGAUUUUGAAUCGCGCAUGUUUCAGAUCGUUUCUGGAUCAAAGAGGAAGUAUUUUGAGGUAAAUCUGAAGACUGGUGUCCUCUAUGUUAACGAGAGAAUAGACCGAGAGGAGCUCUGCGGCAGUGAACCAAAGUGUUCACUUAGUGUAGAAGCGGUAAUUAAUAAUCCACUGAAACUAUACCGAAUUGAAAUUACAAUUUUGGAUGUAAAUGACAACUCCCCAUCAUUUCUCAGCAAAUCACAGGUAAUCAAUAUUACAGAAAACACACCAGCAGGUGCAAGAUUCCCCUUAAAAUUAGCUCAUGAUGCAGACGUCGGUAAGCAUAGUGUGAACACCUACAAGCUGAGCCAGAAUGAACACUUCUCUCUUGCUACACACAAAGAAGCGACUGUAACUACGGAACUAGUCCUUCAGAAAGUUUUAGACAGAGAAAAGCAGUCUGUAAUUAGACUAACACUGACUGCCAUUGAUGGAGGAACUCCUCCAAAAUCAGGAACAAUGGUCAUAAUAGUCAAUGUUUUGGACAUUAACGAUAAUGCACCUGUGUUUGGUCGAGCUCUGUACAAAGCCAGUGUCUUUGAAAAUGUUAAGAUAGGUACGUCCAUCAUUACCCUGAAUGCUACAGAUUUGGAUGUAGGCCACAAUGGAGAUAUAUCAUAUUCCUUCAUUGAAAUAGAACAGGGGAAACGAUCAGACAUAUUUGCGAUAGAUGAAAAGACGGGAACUGUCACAAAUAAAAAGAAUAUAGACUUUGAGGAAAAUACUGCCUUUGAGAUACGUGUACAAGCAAGUGAUGGUGCAUUAUCCCCAAUGACUUCACACGCUAAAUUGCUAGUUGAGGUUUUAGAUGUAAAUGAUAACGCACCCGAAAUUUCAGUCACAUCACUGCUGAACACUGUUAAAGAAGAUGCGUCCAUUGGCACCGCCAUUGCACUUGUUUCAGUAUUUGAUAAAGACGGAGGUAAAAAUGGUAUGGUUCACAGUAAAAUUACUAAUAAUGUCCCUUUCAAAUUAGAGACAAAUUAUAAAAAUUACUAUUCGUUGGUUGUAGACGGUCCUCUUGACAGAGAAUUUACACCACAAUACAACAUCAGUAUCACUGCUACUGAUGAAGGGAGUCCAGCUCUGUCCAGCACAAGUGUUAUUACUGUGCACAUCUCAGAUGUAAAUGAUAACAAACCUCUAUUCACAGACGGCAUCAUUAAUGUUUAUGUUGAAGAGAACAGUCCAGUAGGAGCAGUAAUGAAAACAUUAUCAGCAGUUGAUGUAGACAUCAAUCAAAACGGUCAAGUGAGCUACUCUUUUUUACAUAACCCCAGUGACUCAGUUCAUCUGUCAGCCAUGGUAAACAUUAACUCAGAGACAGGAGAUAUAGUCAGUUUACAGUCUUUUAACUAUGAGGAGUUAAAAACGUUUCAGUUUAAGGUUCAGGCCACAGACUCUGGUGUUCCUCCGCUCAGUAGUAACGUGACUGUCAACGUUUUUAUCCUGGAUGAGAAUGACAACAGUCCCACAAUCCUGGCCCCUUAUUCUGAACACGGUUCCGUUAACAGUGAGAACAUUCCCUAUUCUGCUGAAGCGGGAUACUUUGUGGCAAAGAUCAGGGCCGUAGACGCAGACUCUGGAUACAAUGCACUGCUUUCUUAUCACCUCUCGGAACCCAAAGGAAACAGCCUGUUCCGGAUCGGAACCAGCACCGGCGAAAUCAGGACUAAGAGGAGGAUGAGUGACAAUGAUCUGAAAACUCACCCCUUGGUGGUGUUGGUUUCUGAUAACGGAGAACCCUCCCUGUCAGCUACUGUGUCUAUUGAUGUAGUGGUGGUUGAAAACACAGCUGACAUCCAGACUCAGUUCAGACAUGUACCCAUAAAGGAGGAGAGCUUCUCUGAUUUAAACCUGUAUCUGCUGAUCGCCAUUGUGUCAGUGUCCGUGAUCUUUCUGUUGAGCCUCAUCACUUUAAUAGCGGUCAAAUGUCACAGGACAGAUGGCAGUUUCAGCAGGUACAGCGCCCCCAUGAUCACCACCCACCCUGACGGGAGCUGGUCUUACUCGAAAUCUACUCAGCAGUAUGACGUGUGUUUCAGCUCAGACACACUGAAGAGUGACGUAGUGGUUUUCCCCGCCCCGUUUCCACCUGUAGAUGCUGAACUGAUCAGUAUCAACGGAGGAGACACUUUUACAAGAACUCAGACUUUACCCACUAAAGAAAAGGUAAGAAAUAAAUCAAAUCAGUCUCUAUGCUGUUUUGCGAUUUAUGGGAUAAUGCGUUUACCGAGCAGAACGGGUUCUGUGUGGAUAUAUCUCUUGGUCGUGCUGCUGGAUUCUUACUGGGAAGCGGUGCUGGGGCAGCUUUCCUACUCCGUAUCAGAAGAGGUGAAUCUGGAGACUUUUGUCGGGAAUGUUGCUAAAGAUCUGAACAUCAAUGUCCAGGACCUGGAGUCCCGCAUGUUUCAAAUCGUUUCUGGAUCUAAGAGGAAGUAUUUCGAGGUAAAUCUAAAGACUGGUGUCCUCUAUGUUAACGAGAGAAUAGACCGAGAGGAGCUCUGCGGUGAGGAACCAAAGUGCUCACUUAGCAUAGAAGCCGUGAUUAAUAACCCACUAAAACUGUACCGCAUCGAAAUUACAAUCUUAGAUGUAAAUGACAAUUCCCCAUCGUUUCUCAGCACAUCACAGAUUAUCAACAUUACAGAGAGCACAUCAGCAGGAGUGAAAUUCCCUCUACAUUCAGCAAAUGAUGCAGACGUUGGUAAAAAUACGGUCAGCACUUACAGACUAAGUCAAAAUGAGUAUUUCACUGUCGCCACUCACAAAGGGGAGACUGUAACUCCUGAAUUACAGCUUCAAAAAAUUCUGGACAGAGAGAAACAGUCUGUAAUCAGACUAACACUGACUGCCAUUGAUGGAGGAACACCUGCUAAAUCUGGAAGUAUGAUUAUUAUAGUCAAUGUAUUGGAUGUAAACGACAACACCCCAGUUUUCAGUCAAACUCUGUAUAAGGCCAGUGUUUAUGAAAAUGUUAAAAUAGGCACUUCUAUAAUAACACUGAAUGCGACUGAUUUAGACGCAGGUUCAAAUGGCCAAGUAUUUUAUUCAUUCAGCGAUGUAGGCCAAGGGAAACAAACAGACAUAUUUUCGAUAGAUGAGAGGACGGGGACUGUCACAAAUAGUAAAAACAUAGACUUCGAGGAGAAAAAUGCUUUUGAGAUUCGAGUACAAGCCAAUGAUGGUGCUUCUUCCCCCCUAACGUCCCAUACCAAACUGCUGAUUGAGGUUUUAGAUGUUAACGACAAUGCACCUGAAAUUUCAGUCACAUCACUGUUGAACACUGUAAAAGAAGAUGCGUCCGUUGGCACCGCCAUUGCGCUUGUUUCAGUAUUUGAUAAAGACGGAGGUAAAAAUGGUAUGGUUCAUAGUAAAAUUACUAAUGAUGUCCCUUUUAAAUUAGAGACAAAUUAUAAAAAUUACUAUUCAUUAGUUGUAGACGGUCCUCUUGACAGAGAGUUUACACCACAAUACAACAUCAGUAUCACUGCUACUGAUGAAGGGAGUCCAGCUCUGUCCAGCACAAGUGUUAUUACUGUGCACAUCUCAGAUGUAAAUGAUAACAAACCUCUAUUCACAGACAGUAUCAUAAAUGUUUAUGUUACAGAAAACAGUCCAGUAGGAGCAGUAAUGAAAACAGUAUCAGCAGUUGAUGCAGACAUCGAUCAAAACGGUCAACUGAGCUAUUCUUUUUUACAUAACCCCAGUGACUCAGUUCAUCUGUCAGCGAUGUUAAACAUUAACUCAGAGACAGGAGAUAUAGUCAGUUUACAGUCUUUUAACUAUGAGGAGUUAAAAACGUUUCAGUUUAAGGUUCAGGCCACAGACUCUGGUGUUCCUCCACUCAGUAGCAACGUGACUGUCAACGUUUUUAUCCUGGAUGAGAAUGACAACAGUCCCACAAUCCUGGCUCCUUAUUCUGAACACGGUUCCGUUAACAGUGAGAACAUUCCCUAUUCUGCUGAAGCGGGAUACUUUGUGGCAAAGAUCAGGGCCGUAGACGCAGACUCUGGAUACAAUGCACUGCUUUCUUAUCACCUCUCUGAACCCAAAGGAAACAGCCUGUUCCGUAUCGGAACCAGCACCGGCGAAAUCAGGACUAAGAGGAGGAUGAGUGACAAUGAUCUGAAAACUCACCCCUUGGUGGUGUUGGUUUCUGAUAACGGAGAACCCUCCCUGUCAGCUACUGUGUCUAUUGAUGUAGUGGUGGUUGAAAACACAGCUGACAUCCAGACUCAGUUCAGACAUGUACCCAUAAAGGAGGAGAGCUUCUCUGAUUUAAACCUGUAUCUGCUGAUCGCCAUUGUGUCAGUGUCCGUGAUCUUUCUGCUGAGCCUCAUCACUUUGAUAGCGGUCAAAUGUCACAGGACAGACGGCAGUUUCAGCAGGUACAGCGCCCCCAUGAUCACCACCCACCCUGACGGGAGCUGGUCUUACUCGAAAUCGACUCAGCAGUAUGACGUGUGUUUCAGCUCAGACACACUGAAGAGUGACGUAGUGGUUUUCCCCGCCCCGUUUCCACCUGUCGAUGCUGAACUGAUCAGUAUCAACGGAGGAGACACUUUUACAAGAACUCAGACUUUACCUACUACAGAAAAGGUAAGGAAUUUAUCACAUCAGUCUCUAUGCUGCUCUGCGAUUUUUGGAAUAAUGCGUUUACCGAGCAGAACGGGCUCUGUGUGGAUAUAUCUCUUGGUCGUGCUGCUGGAUUCUUACUGGGAAGCGGUGCUGGGGCAGCUUUCCUACUCCGUAUCAGAAGAGGUGAAUCUGGAGACUUUUGUUGGAAAUGUUACUAAAGAUCUGAACAUCAAUGUCCAGGACCUGGAGUCCCGCAUGUUUCAGAUCGUUUCUGGAUCAAAGAGGAAGUAUUUCGAGGUAAAUCUAAGGACUGGUGUCCUCUAUGUUAACGAGAGAAUAGACAGAGAGGAGCUCUGCGGUGAGGAACCAAAGUGCUCACUUAGCAUAGAAGCCGUUAUUAAUAACCCACUAAAACUGUACCGCAUUGAAAUUACAAUCUUGGAUGUAAAUGACAAUUCCCCAUCGUUUCUCAGCACAUCACAGAUUAUCAACAUUACAGAGAUCACAUCAGCAGGCGCAAAAUUCCCUCUACAUUCAGCAAAUGAUGCAGAUGUAGGUAAAAAUACGGUCAGCACUUACAGACUAAGUCAAAAUGAGUAUUUCACUGUUGCUACUCACAAAGGGGAGACUGUAACUCCCGAAUUACAGCUUCAAAAAGUUUUGGACAGAGAGAAACAGUCUGUAAUCACACUAACACUGACUGCCAUUGAUGGAGGAACACCUGCUAAAUCUGGAAGUAUGAUUAUUAUAGUCAAUGUCUUGGAUAUAAACGACAAUGCUCCAGUUUUCAGUCAAACUUUGUAUAAGGCCAAUGUAUAUGAAAAUGUUAAAAUAGGAACAUCUAUAAUAACACUGAAUGCUACUGAUUUAGAUGAAGGUUCAAAUGGACAAGUAUUUUACUCAUUCAGUGAAGUAGGCCGAGGGAAACAAACAGACAUAUUCGAGAUAAAUGAAAAGUCUGGGACUGUCACAAACAAAAAGAAUAUUGACUUUGAACAAAAUACUGCUUUUGAAAUUCGAGUUCAAGCCAGUGAUGGUGCAUCUUCCCCGAUGACUUCACAUGCCAAAUUACUGAUUGAGGUUUUAGAUAUCAACGACAAUGCACCUGAAAUUUCAGUCACAUUACUGUUGAACACUGUAAAAGAAGAUGCGUCCAUUGGCACCGCCAUUGCGCUUGUUUCAGUAUUUGAUAAAGACGGAGGUAAAAAUGGUAUGGUUCACAGUAAAAUUGCUAAUAAUGUCCCUUUCAAAUUAGAGACAAAUUAUAAAAAUUACUAUUCGUUGAUUGUAAACGGUCCUCUUGACAGAGAGUUUACACCACAAUACAACAUCAGUGUCACUGCUACUGAUGAAGGGAGUCCAGCUCUGUCCAGCACAAGUGUUAUUACUGUGCACAUCUCAGAUGUAAAUGAUAACAAACCUCUAUUCACAGACGGCAUAAUCAGUGUUUAUGUUAAAGAAAACAGUCCAGUAGGAGCAGUACUGAAAACAAUAUCAGCAGUUGAUGCAGACAUUGAUCAAAACGGUCAUGUGAGCUAUUCUUUUUUACAUAACCCCAGUGACUCAGUUCAUCUGUCAGCGAUGGUAAACAUUAACUCAGAGACAGGAGAUAUAGUCAGUUUACAGUCUUUUAACUAUGAAGAGACAAAAACGUUUCAGUUUAAGGUUCAGGCCACAGACUCUGGUGUUCCUCCGCUCAGCAGCAACGUAACUGUCAACGUUUUUAUUCUGGAUGAGAAUGACAACAGUCCCACAAUCCUGGCACCUUAUUCUGAACACGGUUCCGUUAACAGUGAGAACAUUCCCUAUUCUGCUGAAGCGGGAUACUUUGUGGCAAAGAUCAGGGCCGUAGACGCAGACUCUGGAUACAAUGCACUGCUUUCUUAUCACCUCUCUGAACCCAAAGGAAACAGCCUGUUCCGUAUCGGAACCAGCACCGGCGAAAUCAGGACUAAGAGGAGGAUGAGUGACAAUGAUCUGAAAACUCACCCCUUGGUGGUGUUGGUUUCUGAUAACGGAGAACCCUCCCUGUCAGCUACUGUGUCUAUUGAUGUAGUGGUGGUUGAAAACACAGCUGACAUCCAGACUCAGUUCAGACAUGUACCCAUAAAGGAGGAGAGCUUCUCUGAUUUAAACCUGUAUCUGCUGAUUGCCAUUGUGUCAGUGUCCGUGAUCUUUCUGCUGAGCCUCAUCACUUUAAUAGCGGUCAAAUGUCACAGGACAGACGGCAGUUUCAGCAGGUACAGCGCCCCCAUGAUCACCACCCACCCUGACGGGAGCUGGUCUUACUCUAAAUCGACUCAGCAGUAUGACGUGUGUUUCAGCUCAGACACACUGAAGAGUGACGUAGUGGUUUUCCCCGCCCCGUUUCCACCUGUAGACGCUGAACUGAUCAGUAUCAAUGGAGGAGACACUUUUACAAGAACUCAGACUUUACCCACUAAAGAAAAGGUAAGGAAUUUAAAGAACUGA